AUGGCAGAUAUCUCCACCGUACAAUUCGACUGGCGAGUGGCACCAGAUGUGGAGACGAUGCUGUUCAAGCUAUACACUCUAUUCGUCACCGCUGGCGAUGUAACAUCAAGCAAAGUCAAUACGAUGCUGUCGGACUCGAGGGCGGAAGGGGUUCAGAAGCUGCUGCGAAUGAACAGGGAUGGGAUACCCGAUGAGCAUGGGCAAGACUUGAUGUUCGUACGAUAUGACAAGGUGCACAGUCGUGGUUGGACGGCCAAGAGAGACAAGACAUACUGGGCGAAAUGGUUCUUGGUGCUAGAAGAUACAGUCAUCCGGCUUAGCAACUUCACCAGCGAGUUACAAAGACUUACCGGAUACAAAGUCUCUCGGCACAACUUUCCGCAGCGAAAUGCUCGCAAGAUCUUGAUCGACUUGGCGUUAACUAUCGGUAUACAUCCAGCUGCCUUGGGGAGCAUAGCGGCAGCGGGUGGAAAGAUCAUGACUCCCAGAAAGAUGGAUCUCAAGCUGGUAGUGGUUUCCGACAUAUUGCAAUGGCUGACACUGCGAAAUGAGCCUGACCCCGGGAAAGAAUUUCGGUUAUCCGAAGUGUUCAGGGUCAGCAUUGAUGCUGUGGUCGUGGCAGAGCACCGGAAUUUGCAGAAAGUUCUGUUGAGCUACAAGGUAUUGAACAGGGGAAUGGAUGAGGUGAUCUUCGUUCUCACGGGCGGGUUCGGUGACAUACCCACUCCCGAAUGCCUCUGCCUCCUGAGCAAGCACCCAGCACUAGCUCACGUGCCAUUUCUGUACGUCUCGGACCACGACUUUCAAGGCUUUCAGAUAUUCUUCAACUUGAAGUACGGGUCACGCAACAUGGCUUUUCUCUCGCAGACGCAAACAUGCCGUCAGUUGGAAUGGGUCGGCCCUACGACCAAAGACCUUGACCUAGUAGCCGAGGCCGGCUCACGCUUUUACAUCGAAGACCAAGCGCAGAACCAUCUGGAUUGGACGGAAGAAGAGAAGGAGCAAGUAAGGCUCAGAUGGUUAACGAAGCGACAGGAGACAACGAAGAACUUCAUUACCAAAGGGAAGGGCUGCCAAAUCAACAAGAAGCAGGACAAAGACUUGAUGAAGCAUCGACGAAAAUUCGGAAUGCUGGAAAGCGAGCCGGCGGUGGCAGAGGAAGUAUUGGAGAUGCAGCGAUCCAAACACGGAAAAUUUCGUCUCAGCCUCUUGCAAUCGAUCUAUAGUGUCGGCUUGCAAUGGUACAUCGCACAACAGGUGGCACUGCGUUUGAAUCGAUCAGUGGGCGACAUCAGGAGUUCAAGAUUGACAAAAAUGGGGCCUGAAACUCAAAGACCGAACAAUGAACGCAGCACUUCAAAUACUGUGCCAAGCUCGGAGAGACUCGAAACAGGUGGCUAUUCAAUGGCGGAUUUGGUGGAUGAAGAUCAGCUUGACCUACUAAGGGAACUUCCGGAUGCGUAA